GCGGUUCCGACCAGCUUCCAGCCCGCGGCGACAGCACCAGGGCGCCCGGCUCGCCCGUCCCGGAGGCCUCGGCCCGGCCCCACCGCGCCGGCGACGCGCGCGAGCCCGGCUUCUACACAGCGGAGCCCGCAGGCAGGAAAAUAUGGCUCAGGAGACUAACCAGACCCCAGGGCCCAUGCUGUGUAGUACAGGAUGUGGCUUUUAUGGGAAUCCUAGGACAAAUGGAAUGUGUUCUGUUUGCUACAAAGAACAUCUUCAGAGGCAGCAGAAUAGUGGCAGAAUGAGCCCAAUGGGGACAGCUAGUGGUUCCAACAGUCCUACCUCAGAUUCUGCAUCUGUACAGAGAGCAGACGCUAGUUUAAACAACUGUGAAGGUGCUGCUGGCAGCACAUCUGAAAAAUCAAGAAAUGUGCCUGUGGCUGCCUUGCCUGUAACUCAACAAAUGACAGAAAUGAGCAUUUCAAGAGAGGACAAAAUAACUACCCCGAAAACAGAGGUGUCAGAGCCAGUUGUCACUCAGCCCAGUCCAUCAGUUUCUCAGCCCAGUACUUCUCAAAGUGAAGAAAAAGCUCCUGACUUGCCCAAACCAAAGAAGAACAGAUGUUUCAUGUGCAGAAAGAAAGUUGGCCUUACAGGGUUUGACUGCCGAUGUGGAAAUUUGUUUUGUGGACUUCACCGUUACUCUGACAAGCACAACUGUCCAUAUGAUUACAAAGCAGAAGCUGCAGCAAAAAUCAGAAAAGAGAAUCCAGUUGUUGUGGCUGAAAAAAUCCAGAGAAUAUAAAUUUACUACUUGUGAAGAGACUGAAACUUUGUUUUUAUUUUAAUAUAUCGUAGGAAAACAUUAAAGAGCAGAUGCAUGGCCAUUUUC